AUGGCUCGAGCUGCUGGAUCCCGCGCUGCAAGCGCAAAACCUGUUGAGAAGAAGGAAUCCAAAGAAGUGAAGACCAACGGUGCCGCCUCCCGACGAGGCGCAAAAAAGACAGAAGAGGAAGCCGCUACCAAUGGGAUAGCUGAAGAGGAUGAAGCCGUCGAUGAAGACCCUAUGGACGUUGAUGAAGUCGAACCAGAGCCAAAGAAGCGUAAGGUCAACGCGUCAAAACCAGCGCCACAAGUCACUAAGAAGCCUGCAGUACCUGCACGCAGUCGCGUAAAGAAAACCGAGACGCCCGCGCCUGAGCCCAAAGCCGCGACCAAGAAAACCACAAAGCGCAAGAAGGACGAGGAAAGCGAACCAGAAGCAGAAGAGGUCGAGGCGCCGGCGCCUGUUGUGAAAAAGGCAAAGGUUGAAUCUGCGAAGCCUGCGCCCAAACCAAAGGCCGCGCCGAAGCCAAAAGCUGCGCCAAAAGCCGCACCGGAGCCCAAGGCGAAAACGCCAACACCACAGCCCGAAGCCGCAAAAGUCAAUCCCGCUCUGGUCCCGAACCCCAAGGGCCCCAGGCGUCCAAAGGGAAAGAAGACUGAGAUCAAUACGGUGCGCUACACUGAGCCUCUCAAGGUUUUUGUCUUUGGCGAGGGUGGCUCUGACUCUGAGGAUGAGACUGGUGGACUGAACGAUGCCGAGGCCACACCCACACCUGUGCCAUCCGAGUUUUUCCCCGAAGACACCAUCUUUGUCGACAUCGCGGCCGGCGACAGCUGCUCUUUUGCGCUGACAACUGAAGGUGCUGUUUACGGAUGGGGUACAUUCCGCAAAAACGAGGGUAUCCUCGGGUUUGAACGCGGCAACCACACGGCGCCCCGUCCCGUAUACCUUGACAGCGUUAAGAAGGUCAUCCAGCUCGUCUGCGGCACAAACCACGUUUAUGCAUUGGACAAGGACCACCACGUAUAUGCUUGGGGUAACGGACAGCAAAACCAACUCGGUCGCCGUGUCACCGAGCGCAGCCUCAUUCAAGCGCUGCAACCCAACAAGAUCGGCUUCCACGAUUCCUCCAUCAAGAAGCACAGCCAAAAGAUCGCUCACAUCGCGUCUGGCGAUUACCACGGUUUGGCCAUUGCCGAAGAUGGACACAUCUGGGCUUGGGGCGCGAACAACUACUGCGAGACGGGCUACACUGCCAAUGCUGGAGCAGACGAUGCUAGUGUCCUCCAACCUAAGAUCAUACAUAGCCUAGAGGGCAAGAAUGUCACAGAACUCGCAGCUGGCUCGCAUCACAACAUUGCCAUCACCAAGGACGGAGAGGUCCUUGUCUGGGGUCGUUGCGACGGCUCACAGACAGGUCUCCCUCCUUCUCAGCUUGAAGCUGAGACGGAUGAGGACAAGGUUUUGAAGAACAACGGCAAGCCAAAGAUUCUUGUUCAGCCCACACCCCUUCCAGGCCUUAAGGACAUCGUCACCGGCGCAUGCGGUCCCGAUCACACUAUUGUAAUUGACAAGGCCGGCAAAGCCUACUCCUGGGGCUUCUCGGCCAACUACCAGACAGGCCAAGGUACCGACGAUGAUAUAGAAGUGCCGACUAUGAUUGAUAACACUGCUGUACGGGAGACGAAGCUCACAUGGGCUGGCUGCGGUGGUCAAUACAGCAUGCUGGCCAGUAAGAAGGAGUAGACUGUCACGCCUGUCUGUAGUUGUACGUUUGAUGUCUUCAACGCGCAGCUUUCAGUAAGAUUGAUACUUUUCAAUUUCUCUUCAUCUAGUCAUUCCUUUUCACGUCAUGGGCGGUUUACAAACGGGCAUUCACGGCGUUUAAGUUUUACGGGCGGGUUCUUGCAUAGCGGACACUUGACGUGAUAUGUGGGAUUAUUGGAAUUAUUGUCCUUCAAUAACCGGCUGAAUUCCUUGCUCUGAGCGAUGGGGUAUCGCUAUGGAUGGGUAGAAUGUAUCUUAGAUGGCUCAGCCGCGCUUAAUUCGAUUCUUGUAACAGUACAA